UUAGAAAGACGUCGCUCAAAACAAUCCAAAGAGUCAGAAGAAAUCGUCUCUCCUAUGCCAACUGGGGCCGAAAGAAUGGCUGCUUUAAGGGACUUGGGUGCUACAUUUGAAGAAGGCCAAAAAACCAUUGCCAAAGUGGCAACUCCCACUGAAACUAUUGUGCCAAGUUUUGUAGAUUCUGAACAUUUGGAG